AUGAGUAUCGAUCCAUAUGUUCUUCUCAAAUCGGAUGUUGCCGAUUUCACAAAUAUAUUCGAGUCUUUAGUCUCUGCUUUAGACGUCCACACCAAAACACCGAAACUUGUAUUCCCAACUCAACAACAACACAUCGAAACUACAAAAACCACUGAUGAACUUAUUUCACAGUUUUACGAACUAAUAAAAACCGAAGAAAUUUCAGAAACAAAUUGUGUGAAAUUUUCUCGAGCGAUUAAUCAAGCCAUAGCGGCUUUAGAUGACUUCAAAAGUCUAUUAAUUCUUUUAAAAAGGAAAUGUGAAGAUGACGGCAAAGAGAUUUUGAAUUUCAGAAACACGACUUUAGAUCUGAUCAUCGAAAAAGAACGCCAGCGCUGUGAAGAAGAAUCCAAAAAGAACACAACGCGAAAAGCUCGCCUACGCGACAAAUUCGAAGACAAAGAAUUUCAAAUCAAAGCUUUAAAAAAGUCCUCGAUCUUCCCAAUCGUCUCGAAUUCAUCGAAAAUUGAAAAAGUCGAUAAUUGCGACGACGAAGAAACUCUCGAGAUCCCAAACGACGACACACAAAUUGAAAAACUCGAAAAUUCGACAAUCUCAACUCAACCAACAAAGUCAAAUUUAGUCAACCGACUGACGCGUUCAAAUUCGACAAAAUCGAAAAUUGAAAAAGUCGAAAUUCCAAUCGUCUCACCUCAACCAACAAAGUCGGAUGUCAUCAACAAACUCACCCGUUCUAAAUUGCCAAAAUCGACAAAGUCUAAAAUCGACAAAGUCGCAAUUUUGAAACCCAAAGAAUCACAACGAAAGUCAAAUAGUUCAAAAGCUCCCGUUGUCGUCGAAGAGGUAUCUGACAGCUCCGAUAUUGAAGUCACAGGCGAUGAGUUGUCGUCCCAAUUCAAAGAAAAAGACAAAAUGAGACGAAAAAGAAGAAUUGAACGCGAUGAAAAGACUUCAAAUAACACACAAACGGUUUCGUCAAAUGUUUCAACGUCGUCGACUGAUGACAAUCCAAACGCCCAAUCCGACGACUCCGAGACGGUUUCGGCGUCUUCGAAAUUGAAAAAGUCGAAAUUGAAAAAGUCGAGUCGAAAUUUUGGAAAGUCGAAAAAGUCGAAAUUGAAGAAAAAAGUUGAACAAGUCGAAUUAUUGGAAGACCGAUUUGUCGAGUUACUCGCCGAAGAAGACAAAACUCAAUUCACUGCUCUGACCGGUCUGAAGGUGUACGAGUGUCUGUACGACUACCCGAAAUACGCGUCGUCUAUUGUCUCACAUAAAUUCAUCGACUCCAUUCAACUGACGAACGGAUUUGUCAUCUUCGUGAAGGCGGAAAGUUCACUCUUUGGAGUCGCAGUCUUCGCAGACAUCAACAAAACAAAUGAGUACUGCGAAGACAAAGAAGCGUUCCUCUUCAUGUUAAAUAAACACGGGAAACACGAGCCAAGAAUGUUCGAGGUCGACUUGAAGGAAAAUGCGUUUUUGUUGGGGAGAUUCCACGGGUUCAAGUUCUUCGAGGCUGGUGAAGGAGAUUUGAAGGUCUGGAGAAAACGCCCGGGAAAUGAAAUGGUCGUCCAAUGCAUCAAAAACGCGUAUCAGUAUAACGAGGAAGAUCUGUCGAUCUUUGGGAAUGAAGCGAAGGAAAGAAUCCCUGUCGACCGAUUUGCAGUGUAUUCAUUAAUGUGA